UGACGGGGUUUCAUUAGGCAAAGGGAUAAUACUACUCUAUAUAUUAAAAUUUAAAAAGUCCUAAUUAGAGUUCGUAUUCAAUUGUACGAUGUUAUUAAACAUGAUAUUUAUAUUUCGUAAAGUUUAUGAAAAUGAUUGCUACUAGCUGUAUACUUAUCCGUUACUAGACUCCCUUCGUCCCCAUUGGCUAAUCCUGUCACAUGGGUGCCUAACUUUAUUCAGUUGACAGCAAGUAGGAGGGCUUUAUGGAAGGAGAAAAAAAGACAACUCGGGAAAAAUUAGUAUUUUCUACCUUCAGAAAUUAAUGGCCAUGAGUUCGUAUAUGGUGAACUCCAAGUAUGUGGAUCCUAAAUUUCCACCUUGCGAGGAAUAUUCACAGAACAGUUAUAUACCUGACCAGGGCUCAGAGUAUUAUAGUCCAUCGCAGAACACAGAUUUUCAGCAUCCCGGAAUCUAUUCACGGUCAAACUACAACGAGCAGUCUUUUGGCUGUAGCACUGAUCAGGGCUCUACAGUGCAGUCGCGGGGUCAUGUGCAGGAGCAACCCAACCAACCGAGCCAUUUCCCCGCUCAGACUGAGCAAUGCCCACCGGUUCAAAUGUCCACCCCACGGCCCUGCAACCAACAACAGAACGCCAAGAACCAAAACGCGAUACCAGCCAAACAGCCAGCAAUAGUUUAUCCCUGGAUGAAGAAGGUUCAUAUUGCCACUGUUAAUCCAAAUUAUACCGGAGGGGAACCAAAGCGAUCAAGGACUGCAUAUACGAGACAGCAGGCUCUGGAACUGGAGAAGGAAUUCCAUUUUAACAGGUAUCUUACCAGGCGGCGUCGCAUUGAAAUCGCGCAUACCUUAUGUCUCUCCGAACGACAGAUCAAAAUAUGGUUUCAGAACAGAAGGAUGAAAUGGAAAAAAGAUCACAAACUUCCAAACACGAAAGGUAGAUCUUCAUCUGCAUCCAGCCAGCAUUUACAAACUGUUCCAAAGGACAGCCAGACUGAUAUCACAACUUUAUAGAAGCGGAGGAACAUUCAUUUCUCCACGUUUCCGUCUGUACAUAAAAAACACUACUCCAGCAGAAAAUGCAGGUUCCAGAAACUUGUCUUUUAGUUUCUUCUCAUGUGUGUAAUUAAGAAGGAAAACUACAAAAAAAAAAAAAACAAUUCGAAGCUGCAAUAUUUGAACUUUGUACUGAAAUGAUACCAUCUUGUCCACCCACCAUCAUAACUUUUAAUGAAGAUAUGAGUGAAUCAUCGCUUGCUUCGAAGAGGUACAGUAGUCUGUGAAUGAAAAUAUAUUGUAUUGGACAGUGUUGCUGUUUUUAAUUUUAUAAUGAAGGUUUGGCGCUUUAUUGUGGUACUCUUGUUUACUCUAAUGUUCUCUGUGUAAUUCUGGCCCAGUCUCUUCUUGUUCUAAGAGCAGGCAUGAGAAAGUGACCUUUUUUUAAUUUAAAUAAGAAAACAAAAUAUUUGUGAAGCUAUCGUGCUGCUUAUGGAAUUGCUAGUGUUAUGUGAUCUACCUUUGCAUUUUUUUUCUUGCAAAAGAUACCAAAACUGAUGCAUAUCAUUUUAAAUAAUAAAAUUAGGAAUUGCAUAUGAAAA